CACUCCUGGCCCCUUCCUCUUUUGCUGGCCAAAACCACUAAACCAGAGACGGAGGCGCCCACAGUUAGAACUUCUCGCUGGAAGAGCAAGAGCAAACCAAUCAAUUCAUCCCCAAAGUCGUCGGAUCAAGCCCUGCAGCCAACUAUAUUACCUAGUACUACUCACUAUAGCAGAGCCGAUUGCCGAGAGAGAACUCAGGAGAAGAAGAAGAAGAAGAAGAAGAAGAAGAUCACAACAUUUCCUUUUGCAAUAACCCAGCAAUACAUCUACAAUGCAUAGGAACCCCUCAGAUUCAUACCUGGGCCAAGAAUUAGCCCCAGCCUUCUUCAAAUCCAUACAGGAAUCAGCCCCACCCUCCCCCACCAAACGCCAUACUAAGAUCUCAGUCAUCGGCACCGGCAAUGUCGGCAUGGCCAUUGCCCAGACCAUCCUCACCCAAGACCUCUCCGACGAACUCGCCCUCGUUGAUGUUAACCCCGACAAGCUCCGCGGUGAGAUGCUUGACCUCCAGCACGCCGCCGCCUUCCUCCCUCGCACCAAGAUCGUUGCCUCCGUUGACUACUCCGUCACCGCCGGGUCCGACCUCUGUAUCGUCACCGCUGGGGCCCGUCAGAUUGUUGGCGAAUCUAGACUCAACCUGCUCCACCGCAACGUCAGUCUCUUCUCGAACAUCAUACCCCAUCUCGCCAAAUACUCCCCCGAUACGAUACUGAUGAUCGUGUCCAAUCCCGUCGAUGUCUUGACUUAUGUGGCCUGGAAGCUGUCUGGGUUUCCUUCUAAUCGAGUGAUUGGAUCCGGAACCAAUCUCGAUUCCUCUAGGUUUCGCUCCCUGAUUGCUGAUCAUCUCGACGUCAACGCCCAAGACGUUCAGGCAUACAUUGUUGGCGAACACGGAGAUAGUUCGGUUGCUCUGUGGUCGAGCAUAAGCGUUGGUGGGGUUCCUGUGUUGAGCUUCCUAGAUAAGCAACAGAUCCCCUACGAGAAGGAAACACUGGAGAAUAUCCACCAAGCAGUCAUAGGCGGUGCAUACGAGGUGAUUCGUCUCAAGGGCUACACAUCAUGGGCGAUUGGGUACUCUGCGGCUAGCCUCGCUCGAACCUUACUCAGGGACCAGAGGAGGAUCCACCCUGUUUCAGUCCUUGCCAAGGGCUUUUAUGGGAUGGAUGAAGGGGAAGUGUUCUUGAGCUUGCCUGCCCAGCUUGGUAGGGGUGGAGUCCUGGGUGUGGUUAACGUGCAUUUGACGGAUGAAGAAGCACAGCAGCUCCGUGACUCUGCUAAGACCAUCUUAGAGUACCAGUGCCAACUUGGGCUCUAGAAGGGACGCCUCAAGCUUACCUUUUGAUCUUCAAUUUGUUAGUUUGGUUUCUGGGUUUCUUUUGUUAUUGUUUUUAUGGUCAGAUUUUUUGGUGAAAAUCCACUGGCACGCUCCAUUCUAGCUUCCUUACCUUUAAUAUUUGUGUAAAUUAUCUGAGUAACAAUGAAAAAUCCCAGAUUCAUCUUUAUCAAUAUGGAUUGUUAUUGCCAUUACCAGUUA